AUGCACGUCCAGAGUCUGCCCAUCCGCGCGUACCUCGACACGACCGUCGUGCCGAUCCUGCUCGACGGCAUGUCCGCGCUCGUCAAGGAGAGACCACCGAACCCGGUAGAGUGGCUCGCCACCUACCUCAUCAAGAACAACCCCCAGGGCUCCACGGCCAACAGCUAA